AUGAAGAAAACGGGAGAAAAGGACUUCAAGAAGUUCUAUGGAGAGUUGCGUGGAGGUGUGUUGUUCUUCUUUGAAGAUGUCACACAGCAUACGUAUACAGAAAGACUGGACCUUGAUCAGCUAAAGUCUAUAAAGUUAGAUUCUCUUCACAAAACAUCACCAGCAAUCUUCACCCUCACCAUUACAGGCAGUAAAGACAUAAAACUAAAGAUUGACAACGCAGACACAGGAGAGGAGUGGAGAGGAUGCAUUCUCACUGUAGUAAAAAAGGAGAUCCCGAGCACGCUGCAGUUGCUGCCUGGUCAGAUGCUGCUCCUGAAGGAUGUUCUGGCUCAGGAGAAGAGGAGGACAGCAGCGCUGGGAUCAAACCCUCCUCUUCCUCCGCGACCUGCCUUCCUCUCCUCUUCAUCACCACCCACUGCUUCCUUUUCAAUACCUGAAAAGAAUUUGGACAACAGCAGCCAGGCCAUGCCUUCGUGCUUCUUCAGUGUAUCCCGAAAGGAGGCAGAGCAAAUGCUAGAGAACAAUCCAGAGUUUGGAAGCAUCAUCCUUCGACCCUCCAGCAAAACCAACAGCUACGGCUUGACCAUGAGACAUCUUGGAAGCAGUGGGCCAGUUAUGAAGAACUACAUGGUUACUGAAACUCCAGAUUCGCGUUUCAUCAUUGAACUUGACUCCCCGGUUAAAGUGCCAACACUAAACGCAGUGAUCAAUUAUGUUCUUGAGAAAACAGAGUACCGCCUUCAUCCAUUUUGUCCCUCCGGUCCUUAUGAUACCACCAUUGAGAAGCCUUUGAUUCCUCCUUCACCCACAUCAAAGACUAAACCAAAAGCAAAGGUGCCACCUAUGGUCCACACGAAGGAUGUGCCUGUGCCAACACCAGUUCCAUCAGACAAUGAAUACCUAGUUCCGGAAGAUGAACCCACACAUACGAGAAGCGGACAGUUUGAUGGGGAGCUCCGUAAAAUUCUACUGAAGAGGCGGGAGGGGGUCUACCGCAGUGCUGACGAUGACGCCGCAUACGAGAUGAACCCUUGA